CUAUGCCCUACCCUCGUGAGCCAUGUCGUAUAUAGAACUACCUGUGUUUUAUGCAGUGACGGAAACAUGAGGUGUACCUAAAAUAAAAAAUAAAAACAUUGCUGCUAACAAAAAGUAAACACCGCUAAAAUGGCGGGGUUAAUUGACUUUGACAUGCUCCUGGCGGCCAAUUCCGAGUCGCAGAACUUCACCUUCGGCUACCUGAAAGACGACAGCGUCCUGCUGACGCAGAAAAUUUUCCUCGCCGUCUCGGCCGUGUACGUGCCGCUGAUCACCCUGUCCAACUCUCUGGUCGUGUUCGGGAUGAUCCUCUACCCUGGCUUCUACAACUCCAACAACAUCCUCCUGCUCAGCUUGUCCGUGGCGGACCUUCUCAUGGGGAUCUACUGCCUCCCCCUCUACAUGCUCAGCUACAUAGACUCAACAAAAGCCAUGUUGUUCUCUAAACAAAGCACCUGUUUGAUUUUCCUCACCUCCCCCGUGUUAACGGCCGGCGCGUCGUUGUUGUCUUUGCUCUUUAUCACUUUAGACAGGUAUCUUGCCAUCAUGUGGCCCAUGAAGUACCGGCAAUUCAUCACGGUUGAGCGAACCAUGAAAGGCACGAUCAUCAUGUGGGUUUUGAUCAUAGCCUUGACGUUGGUUCCCUUCUUCGGCUGGCACAACUACAACUACGACAUCCGUAAUGUCUAUCUGCGCUGCUACUUCUACCAGACGUUGCCGAAGUACUACGUGCUCAUGAUCGUUCUGGCGGGCGGGGCGCCUGUACUCUUCGUCUGUACGAUCCUCUACUCCCAAAUUCUGGUCGUCGUCUGGUCGCAGGUGAAAGCUUUUGAAAAACAGGGCAUCGGGAAAAAUGACGAGCAGUCGAUCAAGUUGAGGAACCGAAUAAAAACCGUCAAGAUGACGUCGAUGCUGAUGCUGAUGUUCAUCAUCAUGUGGUUGCCUUUCAUCGUCAUCUCCCCAGUCACGUACUUCAACGUCUCAAAACGAGACGUUGAAAUCAUAAGGUGCGUCUCGCUCAUCCUCUCCUUCGGGAAUUCCCUACUCAACGCGCCGAUCUACGCUAUAUUCAGGGAAGACUACCGAGAAGUCUACCGGAUCAUGCUGGUGACCUGCCCUUGGCGAUGGCGGGCGACCUUACGGGAGAUGUAUCGGGAAAAACACGGGAUGGGGUUUUUCCGCAACCCGGACGAGAAAACGACCUUCGCCCAAAGCUCCUUUGCUCGGGACUCCAUCACGGAACAAAAUUUCGACGCGGCCGCACGCUACGCGAGCAACGUUGAGACCGGGUCGUCCCACUCUUCCGCGUCUCACAGCAACGUGGAUCCGGUGAGGAGACUGACCGUGGAGACGGCAAAAAGAAGUAAGGAGGAGAGUAAAAAAGAUAGUGCAUCUGAGAGAAGCCAGUCUGUUGUAUCUGGAGCUGUAUCCCGUGCAAGCGAAGCGAUAGUGCGUGCUUGAAGUGUUUUUUUUUCUGUU